AUGGCCCCAGCUUCCAAAAGUAUUCCUUAUCCCUGUGUUGAGUGCAAGUCCAACUGUGGAAGAGCAAAAGGAGAGGGGGGUAGUAUUGAAUGCCAUGUUUGUGAACGCUGGGUUCACUCAAAGUGUGCAAAUGUUUCCCCUGAAAUUCUGAAGUUUAUUAAAGAGAACUCCUCCAUUAGUUUUACAUGUGAAGACUGUAAAGCUGGAGCGGAGAAGCUGAACAAGAGAGUCAGAACAAUGAACCAAAGAAUGGAAGAGAUAGAGAAAGAGGUUAAAAGUAACCGUGAAGACAUUGAGGCUGUAGGAAACAAAGUUGAGGAUCUGAGUGAUAUUAGUAACAAAAAUACCAAAGAUAUUAAGGAACUGCCCCAAACAAUAGAAGAUUCACUUCUUUAUGAGCUAAGAGAAAGAGAAGAUAGGAAGGGGAAUCUACUUUUUCAUAACAUAGCUGAGGCUAAUGAAGAUGUAAGAAAUGGUAAAGCUAGACAAGAGAAGGAUAUCAAGUGUCUCCUUGAGAUCCUUGACAAGAUUGGAGUAAGACUUAAAGAGGAAAAUGUCAAGUUUUCUAGAAGGAUUGGAGAGAAGAAGGAAAACUGUAGACCUUUGCUGAUUGGAUUUAGUAGUCUGGAAAUAAGUAAAGAAAUUCUUGAAAAAGCCAAGAACCUUCCUGCCACUAGAUAUGCAGAUAUUAGGAUCGUGCCAGACCUCACCAAGAAACAAAGAGAGGAGGAGGAGAGAAUGAGAAGAGAAGUUCUGAAGCGUAACUCUGAGCUGGACAAUGAUACUGCACAGAACUCUGAAUGGAAACUUGUAGGACCACGAGGUGAGAGAAGAAUUAGACUAGUGAAGAAGUUUUUCCCCAGGAGAAAUUAUAAUACUCAAAGUUCUGAAAGGAGGGACAGGUUUCAGCGAACAGAGCGUAGGAGCAUUGAAUAUGUCAAUGAAGGUAGGAGAACUCAAAAUAGGAAAAGAAGUCGAUCAAAGGAAUCCCCAGAGAAACAUAAAGAGGACAAAAGAACCAAAACUAACAGAGAUCAGACAAAUAAAGAUACUGAUGAGGAGGACAAUGUCCAGAAUGAUGAAGAACCAGCAGAAGAUACAAGGGAAGAUUAUGAUCAAGCUUCUAAAUCAGCUAUGGGGGAGCCCCUGGAACGCAGGGUUAAUGAGGAAGAAAGAUAUAUCCCUGACUGGAAUAAAGCUGAUGUUAAAAACCUUAGGAAUGCUUUGAACCGUAUGGACUGGUUCGAACUUCUGAAUGAUAAAUGUACAAGUCUGCAAAGCAAGGAGUAUGAGGAUAGGUUAAAAGAGCUUGGUCUUCAAUCUCUAGAAGAAAGAAGGAUUAGAUAUGACAUGAUUCAAGUGUUCAAACUAAUGCACAAUUACGACGAUGUAGACAGGAGACAGUUCUUCCAGACUGCAGGAGAAGAAUCAGUCAGGGUUACCAGGCAAUCUUCUGAUGCAUUAAAUAUACUAACAACCAGAUGCAGGACUGAGGUUAGAAGAAAUUUCUUCACCAACAGAGUAGCGGAGAAAUGGAACAAAUUACCAGAAUAUAUCAAAAGAGCAGGAAAUAUUAAAACUUUCAAGUCUUUAUAUGAUAAAAUACCGGAACAGCAGGAAUGA